CUUGCGGUUUGGUCGUGUGCCAAACUCUUUCGGUGAAAUGGAAUGCCUAGUUGGAAUACAGGCGGAAGAUUUCUGUUUGAUAGCUGCAGAUGCCAGAUCUUCCAGAUCAAUUAUUACAAUGAAACACGACCAAAAUAAAAUGUUCCCUCUUAGCACGAGGAUUUUGGCCGCGGCAUGCGGUGAAGCAGGAGAUACCACACAGUUCGCUGAAUUUAUCCAACAGAAUAUGCAACUGUAUGAAAUAAGGAAUGGUAUGCUAUCUAAGCUUCAUGUGUUUAUGUUCAGGUUAUGAGCUUUCUCCACACGGGGCAGCUAACUUCACGAGGAGCAAUCUGGCGAAUGCUCUGCGCAGUCGGGUUCGUGUCUGAUUCGUAUUAUCGGUGUUUAUCUGAGCAGAAACCCUAUCAAGUUAACAUGGUGAUUGCCGGAUAUGACACUCAAAAGGGACCAGAGUUGUUCUACUUGGAUUAUCUCGCUACACUGGCAAAAGUGCCGUUUGUUGUCCAUGGCUACGGAAGCUACUUGACUCUUAGUGUUUUGGAUCGAGACUAUCGUCCGGAUAUGACAGUGGAUCAGGCGGUUAAUCUUUUGCGUUCGUGUGCCAAAGAGAUACAGAAACGGUUUAUCGUCAAUCUGGAUCGCUAUUGCGUUCGCCUUGUGACCAAGGACGGAAUAUCUGCACUUCCGGACCUGACCAAUCUUUCUGUGGUCACAUGAUUUUGCCAUAUUAUUAAGUGCCACUGCUUGUUUUGCAUCCAACUAUUUCUUGAAAAUGAAGGCCAUGUUCUUUUCACACCGGGGUUCGCUGGUAGAUCACUAUUUUGGUAAUCAGAGCCACACAAAUGAGCAUGAAAUGAAGUGGGAGUAACCCUCUAUAGUGA